ACAAACAUGCGCAGUGUCACAUUAGAAAGAAAGCCGUUUGAAAACACCUCUUUGCAAACGCACUGCACAGCUCUUCAACUUCGAAGAAUUUUAACAUGGCAGACAGAUCAGGAAUCGGGUUAUUUACCACCCCUCAAAGCCAAAGCGCCGCUUAUAUUAACGCAACAUAUGAAACGUCGUCGGAGGUUGAUCUUGCUCCAGAGGAGACACCAAGUGUUUACGAGAGUUUUAGAAUGCCGCGUCCAACCAACAAUGACAAUGAUCCCAAUAUCAGAAUAACACAGCCACCAAAGACAAAAGUCAAUAGACGGUUACAAAUAGCAUUGGUGUUAGUGGGAAUCAUAUGCGCUGCACUGGUUGCUACUGUUGUAUGGUUGCUUGUGCAUACCCAAAAGGAAAAAACUACCAAUCACUGCAUAAGCAGCCCUUGCAAAAAUGGUGCCAAGUGUGAGAACUCGGUGGCCUCGUUCCGAUGUUCUUGCUCUUCCAGUUACCAAGGGACAUGGUGUGACAACGACGUCAACGAAUGCAUGAACAACCCAUGUGCCAGGGGCGCCACCUGUAGAAAUAAUCAUGGCAGUUUUGACUGCGAUUGCCUUCCUGGUUUUACUGGCAAAUUAUGUCAGCUUGAAAUCUGUGAAUGUUCCAGCCAUCCUUGUCAGAAUGGUGGGACGUGUGUUGACAUGAUGAAUUCUUAUCAAUGUUUGUGUUCUGCCGGGUACUACGGGACAAACUGCCAAGAAGCAGAUCACUGUCGCAGCACACCCUGUCAGAAUGGCGCCAUUUGUAGGAAUGAAACUUUAUCGUAUUCCUGCAGCUGUCCUUACAGAUAUACAGGCAGGAAUUGUGAAUCAGCUUUUGUGUCCAGUCACCCGUACCGUCUUAUUGGAAUAAAUAUCAAUAGCAAAUACGGUGGUAGGGUAGAAGUGUACCAUAAUGGAGACUGGGGAACAGUUUGCGAUGACAGCUGGGAUAACACUGAUGCCAGAGUUUUCUGCAAGUCCUUAAGUCUUCUGUAUUCCAACGCACUUGCUGUAGAGAGUGCAUAUUUUGGACAAGGCAAAGGAACCAUAUGGUUGGACGAUGUCGGAUGCACAGGCUCAGAAUCCAGUAUUGGGUCAUGUGGUCACAAUGGUUGGGCAGUUGAAAACUGUAAUCACGCUGAAGAUGCUGGCGUUCUUUGUAUGAAGUUGUUCGUUACUCCCCAAAACCAAAGCGCCGUGUAUGUGAAUGCAAUAUAUGAAACGUCGUCGGAUGCUGAUCAUGCUUUAGUGGAGGAAUCAAAUGUGUAUGAGAGUUUAAGGAUUCCUCGUCCAAAUGCCAAUGAUCCCAAACUAAGGUUUGCACAGCUACCAAAGACAAAUGUGAAUAGACGGCUACAAAUAGCAUUGGUGUUAACGGGAAUCAUAUGCGCUGCCUUGGUUGCUAUUGUUGUAUGGUCGCUAGCGUUCACUCCAAAAGAAAAUAGUGACCAACGCAACAAUAAUUUGGUUUCAACAAACAAUGAGUCAAAUGACGUAAAUGAAUGCAUGAACAACCCAUGUGCCAGGGGCGCCACCUGUAGCAAUAAUCAUGGCGGUUUUGACUGUCAUUGCCUUCCUGGUUUCACUGGCAAAUUAUGUCAGCUUGAAAUAAGUGAAUGCUCUAGUCGUCCUUGUCAGAAUGGUGGGACGUGUGUUGACAUGGUGAAUUCUUAUCAAUGUUUGUGUUCUGCCGGGUACUACGGGACAAACUGUCAAGUAAAUGAUCUCUGUCGCAGCCGGCCCUGUCAAAAUGGCGCAACGUGUAUGAGUCAUGCUAUAACCUAUUCUUGCAGCUGUCCCCAUGGAUACACCGGGAGUAAUUGUGAAACAACUACCAAUCAUUGCCUAAGUCAACCAUGCAAAAACGGCGCCGAAUGUGUGGACCUGGUGGGUUCGUUUCGGUGUUCUUGUACUUUGGGUUUCCAAGGUGCAAGAUGCGAAGCCGAUAUAAACGAAUGCUAUAAUAGCCCAUGUGCCCUUGGCGCCACCUGUCAAAACAGCUAUGGUGGAUUUCACUGCACUUGUCCUGGUGGUUUUACAGGAACAUACUGCCAGUUCGGAAUCGAUGAAUGCUCCAGUCGUCCUUGUCAAAAUGGUGGAACGUGUGUUGACAUGGUGAAUUCUUAUCGAUGUUUCUGUUCUGCCGGGUACUACGGGACAAACUGCCAAGUUAGAGACCAUUGUCGCAACCAGCCCUGCCGAAAUGGCUCCACGUGUAGGAGCCAAACCUCCACGUAUUUUUGCAGCUGCCGCUCUGGGUAUACCGGCAGGAAUUGUGAAUCAGGAAUCGAUGAAUGCUCCAGUCGUCCUUGUCAAAAUGGUGGAACGUGUGUUGACAUGGUGAAUUCUUAUCGAUGUUUCUGUUCUGCCGGGUACUACGGGACAAACUGCCAAGUUAGAGACCAUUGUCGCAACCAGCCCUGCCGAAAUGGCGCCACGUGUAGAAGUCAAACAUCUACGUAUUCUUGCAGCUGCCGUUCUGGGUAUACCGGCAGGAAUUGUGAAUCAGAUUUGCUGUACCGUUCCCUGUAUCGUCUUUUUGGAAAAAUUGCUAAUGGAAAGUACAGUGGUAGAGUUGAAGUGUACCAUAAUGGAGUCUGGGGAACAGUUUGCGAUGACGGAUGGGAUAACACUGAUGCCAGAGUUUUCUGCAGGUCCUUAGGUCUUCCCUAUUCCAGAGCACUCGGCAUACAAAGAGCAUAUUUUGGACAAGGUAAUGGAACCAUAUGGUUGGACAAUGUCCACUGCACAGGAUCAGAAUCCAACAUUGCAUCAUGUUCUCACAAUGGUUGGGAGAGUCACGACUGUAGUCACAGUGAAGACGCUGGAGAUAUUUGUUAUUGAAGAUACAUAUUAGAACAAUCUGUUGAAAAUGUGUCAACUCUUUCAGCUGACUGGACCAAAUAAAGAGAGAGAAAGACAAAAGUUUGGCACCAUAUUGUUAUCAGAUGAAUAACAAUGAUUUUUCAAUUUGUGUCUUAUUGAUACUCGGUUAUGUAAAAUUAAUAACUUUUGUCAGGUUUAAAGAUCAGUACAUUUAAUGCUAUGUCAGAAUCAAUAUGCAGUAGGAUUUUAUGUAUCACGUAUCGGGACAAAAUAUCCCGUAACUGGGAUACAGUAAAGACAAAAAAUAUUUUUAAUAUCAAAAUAAUGAACCACCAAUCAUCAACGGAAGCACGAGUUUCAUUUAUCCAAUAGGCUGAUAGCGUAACUUGUCAGACAGCUACAUGUAGGUAUCAGCCAAAGGAGCCAGACCUAGAUGUGGGAAAGAUGGGGUCUCAAUCUUCCUUUACAAUUAAGUGACAGGUUCUCUGCCCUAUCCAAAACGGAUACUUAUCUAUAAUAUGAAAGCACGAGAAAAUACCUAGUCGCCCCGUGACCAGGCCAUCGUCUUUAAACUCUUUCCUUUUUAGGCGUUUCACUCGGGCUCCGCCAAUCCAUUUGUAGUAACUCUGUUAUUACUUAGAAUGAGAGUUAGUAAUAAGUAUUAGAAUUCAGACAAGUUUAUUAGUUUUAAAGACAGUUAAGUCGCACCGUUUAAACAUUUUUUUAAAAAUAAUUUAUGUUCCACAUCGCAUUAUUAUUUAAGAAGUUUUAAGUUAAGGUUACCAUAAUAAGACAUACUUUUAUUAUAGCACAGAAUUAUGCCUUAAAAAGUACACGUAACUGUCAAUUGCAUUGGAUAAUAAGGAAUGGGGUCUCAUUAAUAAUAUAUGAUAUCAAAUUAUUUCAUUUUACUUGACUUAAUUCCAUUUCUCUUUGAAAAGUGCCUUAUGAUACACAUUUAGGAAUGACUUGAAUGUGAAUAACAAAUCCUUUUAAUUAAAUGUAUUUCAGUUACUACGAUUUUGUGUAUUUUCGGAAAAAAACUCAAUGUACCUACAUUAAUAAAUACAUAUAUAGUAUAAACUACUAUAGCGAGCAUAUAUCGAUUUUAUCAAAUGUGUUUAAAAUUCUUUGAUGUUGUUUUAUUAUAAUAGACUGAAAAGUGGCUUUCAAAGUAUUUUCUAGGGUUCUUAGACUCAGUAACCAAUCAAGGUGACAAUUUUCGAGCGUUAAUUAGUAUGUGUGACGUGACACAAGUGAGUCAAUAAAAGUGCGAAAGGUGAAUAGUUUAGACGCAUUUCAUGUUAAUCUGAUGUUCACCCACAAAAACAGUUGACCAUCGCCCUUUAUUCUGCAUUGUUUUUAAACUUAUUUCAAUUCCUUAGAAUUUCCCUGAUAAGCCAGAAGGAAAAACGGCUACUGGAGCUUUAGUGCGUGUUAGUGCUCCAAGUCACAUAACCCUGUGGUCACUCUUAGUUAUGUGAACAGUACUCAGUCACGUGGUUUUGGGUGUGUGUAGCAAGUAGCAAGCAUACCGGUCGGUCAACUGUGUUUGGAACCGUAGAUAGCAUGUAAAUGUUUCAGAGACAGCUUUUGGUGUGCCACAAGGCAGUGUUCUAGGACCUCUUGUUUUUUGCAUGUAUACCUUACCAAUUGGGACCAUACUAAGGCAUCAUAACAUUUGCUAUCAUAUUUAUGCUGAUGACACACAGAUUUUUACUUGUUGCAAUCUAGAAAAUCCAAAUGAAUCUAUUGAUAUAUUGUCUGAAUGUAUUGAUGAUCUUCGCGGGUGGCUGAUUAGUAAUAAGUUGAAAAUUAACGAUGGAAAGUCUGAACGUUUGGUAAUAAGUCAGCCACAUAAUCGUAUGAUAGCACAACAAAUUCAGCUCAUAAUUGGAUCAAGCAUUAUUAAGCCAAAACCUCAAGCAAAAAAUCUUGGUGUAUUUUUAGAUGGAUCACUGUAUGAAAAACAUAUUGCCAGUGUAUGCAGGUCAGCGGUUUUUAACAUUAGGAACAUAAGUGCAAUUCGCAAUCAGUUUUCUGACUCUGCUGCAGCCACAGUUAUAAAUAGUUUAGUUACAUCUCGAUUAGAUUACUGCAACUCCAUUUUAUACGGUUGUCCAAAGAAAGAAAUUGCUAGACUGCAGCGCAUUCAAAAUAUUUCGGCCAGAUUAUUAACUCGGACAUCCACAAGUAUAUAUAUCUCCCCAGUUUUAAAAAGUUUACACUGGCUACCUCUACAAGCCAGAAGUUUAUUCAAAUUUUUGGUUUUUACUCACGAUGCUUUUUAUGGAUUGACACCAAUCUACAUCAAUGAAUUAGUCAGUCACUAUGUUCCAAUGCGAAAUCUGCGGUCUGUAGACCAAUUGCUACUCAACCCAGUAAAAAUGCGAUUAAAGACCUACGGUGAAAUAUCUUUUAAAGCUGCAGGUCCAAAGGCUCAGAGGGUGGUGAAGAUGCUGGUGUUCUUUGUUAUUGAUUAUACGUAAUAAAAUGAACUGUUUAAAAUAUGCCAUCUACUUUAGCUGAUAAACCUUAUACGGACGAAUAACAAAAACAUCGUUUCAUAUUGCAUUCAGAUGAAUAACUGUUGAUUUAAAUAUUUUGUUGAAAUUUGCUCACGCAAAGAGACUAAUUUUACUUCAGGUUUACAGUCCAUUGCUUUCCCCUAACGUAAAUCAUGUUAUGUCAUUGUUGAUUUUUUAAAAAUCUCAUUUCUCCCUUACAGUUCAGUGACGGGUUCUCUCAUCUUUCCCAGAUGGCUUCUUUAACUCCCCUUCUAAGCCAUCCAAGCUCUAGCAGGUGCCUAAUAUUCUGGUCAGUGACCAGCUCAUUGGUUUUCAGCUCCUUCCUUCUUUAAGGUGUCUCAUUCGGGCUCCUCCAAAUCCACUUUAGAUAUCAUGUUAUUGUCUGGAAUGAAAAAUGAAAGGUUAAGCUCGUUGACUGUUUAUUAGUUUUAAAGACAGUUUAAAAAUUAACAUGUUAAAUGCUAUACAUAUCCUAUAAUAAUUAAAAAAAAUGGAAUUCAAAUUAUCUGGUAUAGUUACUGAAACUAUAACAUAU